UUCUCCUCCCCCAACCCUGUCCUCAAGUUAGUCACCACUCCAGACCUAUAUUCGCCUAUUCAACGGAUGCGCAAACUGCUUGACGCCAAACCCCUCCAGACUGCAGAUCCCCCGGCUGACGUCUCCGGUGGCGACGCUGAGCUCUUGAAAUCUGGCGGCGAAAAAACACAACCAACAAUUUGUCUUUGGCCCUGUGUGAGUCCGACCUUCACGGUCUCGGAGCAGACAAACUUGUCUUUCCUUCGAGAUACCCUCCAGUAA